AUGUCAUGGGCCUGAGAGAAAGUCCUCACUUCCUUGUUUUAUCUGUCGCUGGCAGACACAUAAAUAUCUUCAGUACUUUAUAAAGUUAUUGGUGUGAGCCGUCGCCAUGUAUUUGUGAGUGUUUUUCCAAGCAUGGAUCUUGUGUACUUGAACUCUACCAACAUGUCAGUGGAGUCCAGCGCGACAGAGCAGGGCCCGAGGGAGUACCGCGUGGCAGGCGUCAUCUUCUAUUCCUUCAUCUUCAUCAUCGGCGUCGUCGUAAAUCUCACGGCCAUCUCUGUGUUUGCGCUGACCACCAAGAAGAGGAACUCGGUUACCGUCUACAUGAUAAACGUAGCGCUCAUGGACUUGCUCUUCAUAUUCGUGCUGCCCUUCAAAAUAACGUACCACCAUCUGGACUACUGGCCGUUCGGAGAGGUCCUCUGCAGGAUCAGCGCGUCCCUGACCAUCUUCUACCCGUGUAUGGCGCUCUGGUUGUUCGCCCUCAUCAGCGCGGAUCGCUACAUGGCUAUAGUCCAGCCAAAACACGUCAAAGAACUGAGAAACGUCCCCAAAGCUGUAGUGGCCAGCGCUUGCGUGUGGCUCAUGACCCUCGGCAGCACCUUACCUCUACUUUUCUCCACCGACGACCCCGAUUCAAGUUCAAACUUCACCACGUGCGUCAAGAUGGAGGACAUCGUUUACCUUCGCAGAGAAAACCCCGUGAACUUCGUGCGUCUGGUGUUUUUCUUCUUGGUGCCCAUUUGCGUCAUGGUCGGGUGCUACGUGGUCAUCGUGGACAACCUGAUCCACGGGCGAACCUCGAAACUGAAGCCCAAAGUGAAGCAGAAGUCUGUGAGGAUUAUAGUUACGCUCAUCGUACAAGUUUUGGUGUGCUUCGUGCCUUUCCAUGUUUGCUUGGUUGUGCGGCUUUUGGAGACAGACGUUGGGGGGUUUCACAUAUGGGCUGUUUUCACCACUUGCUUAAUGAGUCUCAGUACUGUUUUAGAUAUCAUUCUUUAUUAUAUAGUCUCCAAGCAGUUCCAGGACAGAGUAAUAAGCGUCAUUUUGUACAGAAACUAUCUUCGCAGCGUUAGGAGGAAAAGUUUGCACACUCACACCGGCAGCAUCCGAUCACUGAGCAACUUAAACAGUGCGAUGAUUUGAAACCAGCUGUCAAUCAAGACUCCCAUAAGUCCUGUAUACCAGAGGAAACAACAAAUGGAACAGCGUUACAGCCAAGUGUGUUUCUUUUUUCUCGGUACACGGCUCAUUAUCAAAAGGAUCAAAACUUGCAAUUAAUUUCCGAGAUGUAAUUUACACUCACAGUAUGGGAGUGCUGCUGUUGUGGCAAAAACAUCUGUGUUCAGAGCUGAUUGACUCACCCUUGAGACUGGAGACGCUUCCUUGCUCCACAGACAAAAGCAGCGACUAAAACUGUGGCUCAGGUGUAAUAGACACAAGGCAAAAAUAACUUUCAUAAUUAUUAUGAACACAGCACGAGGCAUCUAUGUUUGUUUGCUCUGGUUAAUAUGUAUAAACAAUGAAAAUGUUACACAGACACCUCAGGAAACAGGCUCAGG